CAGCAGCAUCGAGCUAACAAGUCUUUGUGAGGAGAGAGAGAGAGGGAGGGAGAAUAAAGAAGGGGGUGCAGAGCAGGAGAGAAUCAGACAGUGAGAGACAUAGGAUGAGGGUGCAGUGGGAGAACGCAUAAGAUAGUGACAGAGGCAGAGGUGUUCGGUGUUGCACAAUAUUGCCAGAGGCUGCUGGCAAGAGAGAGGGAGAGAGGCAUCAUGGCAUCGCUCACUGCAUCAUCACGACACAUGGGGAUGUUUGGCUGCUGCUGGUGAACACUGUGAUGCAGAGCCGAGGACUUCCUGGAAACCAAAGGCAAGCCGAGGAAACAGGUGCAACCACUGAGAGGAGCCACAUGAUGAGUGGGAUCCUUAAGAGGAAGCUUGAGGAGGGCCCGUCCCCCUAUCUGUCCCUGCAGGGGUCUGAAGAUGAGGUCUCCUGCAGCGACAGCGGCAACAGCAGUGACAGUCUCAACCACCCCGUCCCCUCUGGGCUGCUGGACUCCACUGUCCCGCAGCCGUCGAAGCGACUGCGGGGCCGCAACGUGCACUUUGAGAGUGUGACGGUCUACUACUUCAACCGCCGGCAGGGAUUCACCAGUGUGCCCACGCAGGGGGGAAGCACCCUGGGGAUGUCACCACGCCACAGCGGGGUGAAGCAUUUCACCCUCAGGGAGUUUGCCAUGGAGCAGAAACUGAGCCACCGGAACAUGCUGAGGGAUCAUCUCAAAGAGGAGAAACUCAAUGCCAUCAAACUCAAACUGACCAAGAAUGGCACCGUGUCAUCCGUGGAGGCGGAUACCCUGACGCUGGAUGACAUCUCCGAAGAUGACCUGGAUGUGGACAACACGGAGGUGGAUGAUUACUUCUUCCUCCAGCCUCUGACUACAAGGAGGCGGCGCACCCUGCUCCGUGCCUCGGGGGUCCGACGCAUCGACGUGGAGGAGAAGCACGACUUGCGUUCACUCCGCAUGUCCCGAGAGGAGUGCGGGUGCCGCUGCCGGGGGAUAUGUGACCCGGAGACCUGUGCUUGCAGCCUGGCCGGCAUUAAGUGCCAGGUAAAUGGAACUGUGGUGGACCGCAUGUCCUUCCCCUGCGGCUGCACCAAAGACGGCUGCAGCAACAACACGGGACGCCUGGAGUUCAACCCGGUCCGGGUGCGCACCCACUUCCUGCACACCAUCAUGAAGCUGGAGCUGGAGAAGAGCCGUGAGGAGCAGCAGCAGCAGCAGCAGCAGCAGCAGCAGCAGCCGGAGCAGCAGCUUGUAACCAAUGGCAACGGUUACCAUGACGACUCCUCCUUGGUCCAACAGCAGCAGCAGCAGCAGCAGACGAACCUGCAGUUUCCAUUGAUGAGUGGCACACAGCACAUUCCCAUCAUGCACCUCCAGAACACAGGCGACACCGAUUCACAUCUAGAUGAAGAGGAGGAAGAGGAAGAAGAGGAGGAGGAGGAGGAGGAAGAAGAUGAUGAGGCCUAUGAAGACGACGAGGAUGGAAGCAGUGUUUGCAGCGGGCUGUCGGACUGCAGCACACACAGCUUAGACACAAUGGACCCCGAGGAGGACGAAGAAGAGGACGAGGAGGAUGAAGAGGAUGAAGAGGAUGAUGAGGAAGAUGAUGAAGAAGAGGAUGACGAUGAUUGGGAUUGCUCAAUGCAUGGAACAAGUCCUCCGCCCUACACGGUUCCCCUUCCCUCUGUGAUGAGUUACUCUAACAUGAGCCCCUUCCACAGCUCGCAGCAUUAUCAAACAGACUCUCCUGCUUUCCUCAGUGAGAAUACCCCCACACUCCCCACAGUGGAAACAGCAUUAGAGUCUGAAAUAAAACUCCACUGCCAAACAGAGCAGAAGAGCCACUUCCCUGACCCCACAGAGUCCAUGAAGCUUCAAACCUGUGCACAUGUGGACACCCGUGAGAGUAUCGCUCCCCCCGCCGAUGCAGCUGAUGAACAGCCCCCGUCCACAGACCUCCAUAACAAUCCAGAGCAGCGUGACUCACAGACUGAGGCUCCGUCUGGAUCUGAGGAGCAGAAUAAAGAGGAAAUAAUGAAGCAACCAGGACUGAAAAAGCAAAUCACAGACACAUCAUGCUCUGAGAGUACCUGAUGAUUCAAAGGCUUUAGAGAGGGAUCCGUUCAUUUGAAAUUCUUUAAUCAAGAACGGUGCCCUUCUAUUGAUAAGUGAUUCAGAAUGAGUCACACGGAUUAUUGGUUUAGAUGGUAAACUAUAAAAAGUUCACAAACUAAUCUCAAUAAAACAGUGUUUCUGUAUGUAACUACAUGGAGUACUAUUUAUGCCCUCUCAUAAAGCAUUUGAUCAUUACAGCAUGUUUCCUGGUUGUGGCCGGCAUCUAUGACAAAUCAACAUUUUGAGGUGCUUGUAUUGUUUCAAUAUUUUUGCAUUGUGCUGGUGUCUCAUCGAUGCUGCUAAUCGUUCUUUAUGCCUGUCUGUAAAGCAUGUGUUCAGUUAACCUAUGUUCCAAGGCUUAACACAAACUGUAAAAUGAUAAACAGUGUCACUGACAAAACACUGGCAGUCAUUAACACAUACAUCUGACUCAAUUCAUACUGAAGGCUCACAUUUUAGCCAAGCUAGCAACUUGCCUUUGCUUCAGACUUCCUAGAAGUUUGUUUAAUCACUUUGGAAAUUAAAGCAGCUUUAAAUAUGUUUAUGAUUAACAAUGUAAUUUGAAGUGACAAACACAUAGGCUAAACAAUUAUCAAUUAUCAGAGACUCUGCAGUUCCUCUUAGCUAUGAAAACGGUUAGCAUAUUUCAGCUCAUUGUUUUUGAUUUACCUGUUGUGGUUCCCUCAUGACUGGAAGCUUGAAUACUCUAAAUAACAACAAAAUGCAGACAUAAAUUAGCAUCUAGUUGAUGAACAUAUGGGGGCUUUUAGCAGCUAAUGUGUCACAUAUCAUCUGCAGGAACUAGAACGAGAGUGAAUACGGCAUAAAUAUGUAUCGCUUCAAACUUAGCUGUUUGCUUCUGUAUCGGCCUAGCUCUGAUGCUAGGUCAGUAUUGUUCUAACAGUGCCCGAAAAAUAAGGAGUAGUACGUUUUCAUCUCUUGCACUUAUACGGUCCACAUAAUUGUUUCCAAUAACUUUUUUUAUGACCAAAUACCUUCCAAACUGAUGGUAUUCCUGUCAGGCUGGCUUUACUUUGACUUAAAAGCGAGAAGUUAUGUUCACUAUCAUAGCAUAGUAGGCCCUAUAGAAAUUAUGAGCUCGCCCACAUGCUAACGGUAGCAUUUAGCUUAAAUCUCAGAACUUGCCUUAAGCAUGUCUGCCAAAGGUAUCACACUAUAAUUACAAAAAUAAUGCCAGACUAUGACUUUCUAAACAUAUGGGGUUUUAUUCUGCCUAUACAUGCUAUUUAUCAUUUUACAGUUGUGUGAACAAUGUGAUAAAACUGCACUUUUUUCCAGGUUUCAGAUAACGUAAGGCUUGUGUCAAGAGUAGUAACUUUGUCUCUCAACACUGCCAAACUGGGGGCCAAAUAUAUUUCAUGUUCUUUUUAAAGCAACUGUAAGU